AUGCACGAAAAUGGAGUAGUGCAUAGGGAUCUGAAACCAGAGAAUCUGUUAUACUUCAAUCAGGAUGAGGAUUCAAAAAUAAUGGUUUCGGAUUUUGGCUUAUCGAAGACGGAAGAUUCAGGGGUGAUGGCAACAGCUUGCGGAACACCAGGCUACGUUGCACCAGAAGUCCUUCAGCAGAAGCCAUAUGGAAAAGCAGUGGACGUAUGGUCAAUAGGCGUCAUCGCUUACAUCCUCUUGUGCGGGUACGUCAUUGCAAUAAUCUCAAUGUUUGAGCAACUAGCCUAUCCGGAGUUCUACGCAUGUAGCGAGCGAUUCAUUCAAAUGGGAAUCCAAAACCGAAAAGCACUUGUACAGAUUACAGCUUUUCAUUUUAAGCUCACGACCAACGCAGCUUCCGUUCCAUCUGCAGUGACUUUUGCUCUUCUCAUUUUCAGAUGAAA